UUCUGAUUCGUCGCUGCGCCCCUCCCCCCGCCCGGUACUGCCGGCGUCUUUUCAGGGAAAGUACGGUUGAAUUUGUUUAAAAGCAUUAUUGGAGGAAAAGGAUUCUAAGGGGGACGUCUGUCGAAGAGAACUAAUAUGCUAGGACGAUUCUUUGGCAAAGUUUUGGGAUUUACAGGCUUCACUAUUCAGUAUGGCUGUAUUGCCCACUGUACUUUUGAAUACUUAGGAGAAAUUGUCGUGUGUUCUGGUCCUUCGAUGGAGCCUACAAUUAAGACCUAUGAUGUGAUCAUUUCGGAGAAAAUUAGUCGUCAGUUUUUUCGCAUUGAAAAAGGAGAUAUAAUAAUUGCUAAAAAUCCUAAUGAUCCCAAGAUGAGUAUCUGCAAAAGAGUGAUUGGUCUGGAAGGGGACAAAGUGUGUACUAGUGGUCCACUAGAUGCUUUUAAGAGUCACAGAUACGUGCCAAAAGGCCAUGUUUGGUUAGAAGGUGACAACUUGCUGAAUUCCACAGAUUCGAGGAAUUAUGGACCUGUUCCUUAUGCACUGAUUCGGGGACGAGUAUGCUUAAAGAUUUGGCCUCCACGUGAUUUUGGGUACCUGCAAGAAAGUCCUAAUCAUACUUCCUCCCGAUGAUGGAAGUGUGCAGCAACAGAUUGAUUCUUAGUCAUACUGACUUUUUAAUUUUAAUCCAACUCAAGACCAGAAGGUGUUUUGCAAUGAGAGACUUUACAAGUACUUUGUGGAUAAAUAAAGUUAUUUUUUUCAAACAAGGUA